CCCAUGUGGGCUCCGGCUGACCUCGCCCGGAGGUCACGGCACCGAAAGGACAUGGGCAUGGUCAUGUUAUUGUUGGGGAUGAGUCCAUGUGCCGUCCGUCUUGGAGAGAAGAUCCAAUGCUAAUCCUGUCAGCCCCAAAUCCCGACGCCUCGUUUGAGUCAAUGGGGGCCCGCCUCUAAGGGACCGUGGACCCUGUCCCGUAGAAUCAGCUGCUUGAGAGUGAGAGCCUUAUAACAACAACGUUGCGCUCUUUGUCCUGGUCUGAUUUUUCAUCCUUCUUUUUUCAAACCAUCGUGAUAUAGAACAUCAACUGCUUCGUCUAUAACCUUCUGUUAUUAUAUACGCCAAUCAAUUCAGCCGCAUACUCUCGAUUACAACAGUCAAUAUGCCUUCUACUACUUCUUCGGCCAUGCAAAUGCCCCGUGAACCGGCCCCCGCAGCGUUCCCUACCGAACGAACCAGCACCGAACAGCCGCGACCAGUUCAGCCCAUGACAAUGGAACAGCCUGAAAUGAGCAUGCGAGGAGGUAAAGACGGUGGUGCCAUUUGCUGUGGUAUCUGCGCCGGUCUUUGCUGUUUCGAAUGCCUAGACUGCUGCUGUUAGAUAAUUUCAAUGGGAAAGGAUAUCAUAGAGUCUUUAAGCUCUGGCGUUUCAGGCACGAUUUGCUGGGAGGACAAUUUAAAGGGAUACCAUCGUCGGCUAAUGAUACGACGGUUUUGAUAGCCUUGUCUUCAAAUAAUACCUCGUUCGAAUUUUAAUAUACGGCCAUUUUCUCAUUGCUUCGUUCAGUCAUGACAAGUCUAAACGUAUCCCUAAACUAUACCCGCUCUACACAACCACGCCCUCCAAUCGCUUUACUACGUCCUCAUAAAAUUUCAUAGAUAACUUUUCAGCAACUUCAUUUCGUGUCUCAUCGUCUCCCUCAUUUAGUCCCAAUUCAUUACCUCCAGCCAAACACUUCCGUGUUGCAUCUUCAAACCUCUCUCCCAUAUCUGCACCUACUGAUGCGACUUGGUCUUCCUCCAACAGAGCCUCUCGAACGCCACGCACAAUAUCAGGUCUCCCCCGCGCACGCCUCAUAUCGAUACUCAGCACAUCUUCAACCAACCGCCAAUGCGCCAAUUCGACUAAAAUGACUCCCAGACUAUAAAUGUCGAAGCUUUUCUUGGAACGCUCUCUAUCCCGUCGGCGGUUGGACUGAGCGUUGGGAUGCCGGUAUAGAUCAUGCUCUGCGUCAUCUCCUGGCGCAUCAGUCAUUUCAUCUGAUCCUCCAGGCCGUGAAAAAUCGAAACCCGAGAUAUAUGGUUGGCGGUAGUCUAUGUGGCCAUCACGUGUUCGGAAGAAUAACACAUUGUGACUGCGAAGACCCUUGUGUAGCCAGUGUACAGCAUGAAGGUAGAGGAGACAGUUGCUGAUAGCGUAUGCCAAAUAUACUCGUUCUGUAACACGAGGCUUGCGAACUUUUGAGUCUUGGAGAAGCUCACGGAGAGAAACAGGUGGGAGCGAGGCGUGUAGAUUAUCGUCGGAUGGGCGCUCGAAGAUGAGGCCAAGUCUUCGAUCUAGAAUAUCAACGUCGUCCUCGGAAAUGUUGGGAUCAGCUUUAUCGAAGAACCCCAGACAGUGAGGAGUGCGAAAGGCCUCGGGCUUGGGACUAUGGUUCAGCAAAGCAGCAAGUUUCCGAACUCUCUCAAUGAUAUCGGCCUUUGAUAGCGAACCUGGUUGGGUCUCUGUAUUGUCAUAGUCCUUCCACUCAAUCCAAACAUUUUUCUUGCCUUCUGCCGUCUUCAUGAAAGCCUCACAUCGUGAGGCCUCUGAUUCAUCCACGUCUGGGUCCAGCUCUAUGAGGUAUCGAGGGAUGAAUAGAUUGCGCUGAUGACCUGGCUUUGCAAGAUCGAGGAACUUUGCAGCAGCUUCGUCAAAGACUGCUGGGCUAUCUGACUUGGGAUCGAUAGUCUCAUUGAAGGCCUUGAACUUGGCCAACCUUGACAAUUGCCGCAGGGCGUCAGCAUUGGCUUCCCUUUCCAGUUUGGACAUUUGCGACGGUCCUACACGGGAACCUGCAUCGAGCUGAGACUUGAGAGCUAACACAAGAUGACUCAGAUCGGCUAUCUUGUGAUGGAGUAACAGGACCCCACGAUUGGUAUCCUGUACGGUAUUGCGAAUCUCGACCUGUAAGGAGUGGUCGAGGAUAUUGGUCAUGUUGUCAUUGAGAACUGAAAACUUGGCCAGCAACUUUUCAAAUCCUUGCUUGUCAAAUGACGUCCACCUUAACCUAGUAAGGCCUUCUGAUGAUUUGGACUUGAGUCCAGCCAUGGCCUUUUUGAUAAAGUUCCGUUUCUUAUCACUCAUAGGAUAGUUUGACAGCUUGGCAUCUUUUUCUGGAGCAUCCAAAACACCAUCUUUAUCCACGACGGUAGAGAGGUUAUUGUGCUUCUGCUGGUACUCUGUAAACUCAUUGAAGAGACACUGGAUUUGGACAAGCAGAUCAAUUACAGUCUGGCGGUGAAGAUUGAAUACGUUUGAGUUGAGAACCUUGUCUUGGUUCUUGGCAUCAAGGUCAAGGAGGCCAGAAGCCUCACUCCAGCAAAACAGGCGCUGCUGUUCCAUCCUGAGACGGAGAUUGAGAUACUUGCACUCGUCCUCAUAGCCCAAUGCCGUAACAAGGAGCUGUAUCCCUGAUGGAUGUCAAUUUCACGUGUUAUGCUGAUUAUAAUGAGGUAGGAUACCUUGAAUACAUCCUGUGUAGACCUGGAGGCUGAUGGAAGCAACUCCCAGCGCCAAGCCGGCAAGGGAUACAGGGUCCAUUGCGCCCUACUGCAGCUUAUUUUAGGGCAGAGAGGCUGUGCGGCUGAGCAGGGUAUGUAUGAGGCAGCCGACGAACUCGCUGUGAAGGAUGUGAUAGAGUGACUUGUUGUCACUCAGUGGGUGGUUUAGGAGCUAAAAUUAUGGACGUAUUUGGCACUGCGGGGGAUCAUGCGAGGUCGGGAUGAGGUGGUAAUUGGUGGGAGCUAUGAUAAGCAGCCCGGAGAUAGAAGGGAGAGACAAACAGACAGACGAUGAUUUGGAUCAAAUGCUGGUUAAUUGAUGUCGAAUAGGGAAAUCCGUAAAUGCGGCCAAUGGCAUUCCUCCA